GCUCGCCCAACAAGAUAACGACAUUAACUUGGGUGGUGCAGAGACGGAGAGAGGGGAAGAGAGAGAUGGAAGCCCGAGCCUUCCAUGCCUUCUCCCCCAAAUCGGUUUUCCUUCCAACCAACCGACCUCUGAGGUGUCUAUCUACCCUCCCCACCAUCGCCACCACCAAGACGAGACGCCUGCGAGCCCACCGCAUCCGUGCAGCCAACACCCCAGAAACCAGCCAAGACCCUGCAGCGGUCGACCCUCCACCGGACGGAGGCGCAAAUGGCGACGGCAAGGAAUACGCCGCAGCAUCAGCAGCAGAGCCGAUGGUGGAGAUCAGGUUCAGGCGAGGCACGAGGAGGAGGGCGAGAUUGUACCAAGAGGAAGGUGCCAACCCACCCGUUGCCCGGAAGCCGCCACCCAAGGACUGGGAGUCCAUGACUCUCUCUGAGAAGGCGAUGGAGCUGUACGUUGGAGAAAAGGGCAUCCUCUUCUGGCUCAACAAGUUCGCCUACGCCUCCAUCUUCAUAGUGAUUGGGGGCUGGAUCCUCUUUCGGUUCGUUGGGCCAUACCUGGGCCUAUACCAACUCGACGGGUCUCCCUUGUCCCCCACUGACGUCUUCAAGGGUUCGUCAUGACAGGGAGCCCCUCUUUCUUCCCCCUCUGUACGCUUGUUUCUUUUCAUGUGAUGUGAAGAUAUUACAGAAAGUAAGGCCACUUUAUGUAUA